UAAAUAUAUCUACAACCAAGCAGUCGCUGAACCUUAAAUCGUGUGCAAAAGUCUUUCGUAAUAUUGAAAAAAAAAAAAAGGCCCGAAAAUGUCUCGCACAAUUCUACUGAUCCAGCUUGAUGGCCGAGAAAAGAGCCGCUCCUACGCCUACUUCCAGAGCGUCGACGAUUGCGUGGAGCGCGUGUGCAAGAUCUACGAGGAGCACCUGAAGCGCUGCACCCCGAUAGCGCGUGUCAUCACUUACGACAUCAUCCAAUUGUUUGACUUCAUCGACGUGCUGAAGGAUCUCACCUGCUUGGUGUACCAGGAGGACGCCAAGGCCUACACGCCAUGCAAUAAGGAGUGGAUCAAGAGUCAGAUAAGUGAGAAGUUGACGAAGGCGGCUAACAAAAGCAGCGAAGCUACAGCGAAACUACAGCAGGGAGUUGCCCCUUCAAAGGAUAAUGGGGAAACGGCCACCACAAACGAGAAUCGGAUUAUAAUCGAGCGCUAAAUCCAAAGGACUUCAAUUAAAUGUUCCUCUUCAUUUUGAAAUCUACGAUCCUGAUCUUUCCAG